GUAACCACACCGGCAGAAACCCCUAAGAACGGCACAGUCAGUUGGCACAAAGUCGCCGGCCAUCUACCUGGGCGCAACAACAAGGACUGCCGGAAACGCUGGCAUUACAGCAUCGCCAACACCAUCCGAAAAGGCACAUGGAUGAGGGAGGAAGACGAGAGGCUUCGUGAGGCCGUCGAGCUCUACGGUGCGCGGUGGAGCAAGAUUGCAGAGGCUGUCGGCACCCGCAACGGGGACCAGUGCUGGAAGCGGUGGUACGACUGCCUCGACCCUCGCAUCGACAAGAGCCCUUGGACGCCGGAAGAGGAUGCGAAACUCCUCGACCUAGUAUCUAAGAAUGGCCGAAACUGGAGCGACAUCGUACAUCAACACUUUCCCAACCGGACAUCCCUGUCGGCAAAGAACAGAUACAGCAUCCUCCGCCGCAAGCAAGCCGGGAAUGCAUCCAAGACAAAGGCUGAAUCCAUAACGUCAAGCCCAAGCCUUGGACAUAAUCUCAGCAUACCCCCAACGCCUUCACCUUCAUACGCAACUCCCGAGCCAGAUAUGGUUUCGAGCUGGAUGGACCUCAGCCAGACCGAAAUUGACGAGCUCCUGCAACCAUCAUACCAGAUGGCUGCCUACACUGACACAUGGUACACCGGCAGUGCUGGCAGCGAUGCUUCGGCCAGCCCGAGUCCUUAUAUGGGGUGCGAUUUGGACUGGAACGGUUCAAGUCCUGAUGCCGUAACUACUGCUGCCUGGCCUUCGCCCGCUUGUCUCGGCUCCGACUCCAAUCUACUUGCUCCACCGCCGGCUAACGCGUACUACCCGCGGUCUCAGCCAUCGUCGGCAUCAUCAACGGCAAACACCACCGGGAUGGGCUACAACAUUCUUGGAAUAUAUCAACACAGUAUGAACUUUCAGCAGACAUCGAGUGCGCCCCUAUAUGAGUCUGGUGAGGGGUUGAUGGCUCAGAAUGCGGCGGGCAGUUUCCAAUAUGGCCUUGGGAGAGAUUGGUGAUGUAAAACUAGAUACCUAGACUGGGACUGGGAGGAUUGUUCUCACGAAACUCAAGAUUGAACGCAUGAAGUGGAGUUUGGGUCUAAAGCAAAGCCAGGAUGCUUAAGCUGUCAUUGGAGCAUCGAUUAACCAAAAGAGAAAGGCCACUCAGCCAGUAUUAGAGAGCCAGAGUUUGCUCCAUCUUAACUAGAUACCUUACUCUAGUAGUAGGAACUGAAG